AUGCAGACCUCCCUACACAUUAGGUGUGCGGCGGCGCUCUGUCUGCAGAGCGGCCGUGGGGGAGAGCCGUCCAUCCUCGUUUUGGAGAUGAGGCCAGUCAGCUGUGCGGAGGGCCGGUCACCCGAGGGGCCCACCCCGGCCCCUCCUGUCCUGCGCCGCGGAGACGUGUUGCCAGCGCGUCAAGCGCCCACGCAGGGCGGAGGCGGGGGUGGGGAGCAGCGUUCCCACAGACCCGUCGGCCUGGGAGGCGUCACUCCCUGGAGGCAGAGCAGCCCUGCUUCCUCCAGCGUGUCCUCAGGUCGCCCGCUCCUGGCUCUUCAUGGAGCGGGGCAGGCCGGCCUGGAGGCCGAGCAGAAGGCCGAGGCCGCGGCUCCCACGGCGGCAAGGUCGGGGAGCCCAGCGCUGGGCCGGGCGCGCGGGGCCUGGGGUGGCCCUCGGUCAGGAAGGCGGCCUCGGCCAGCAGGCCCCCUCCCUGGGGCAGCCCUGCGCCUCUGCCCCCCCAGAGAGGCCCACCUGGCCCCUGACCUCCCUCGGAGACGAGCGGAGGCAAAGGUUACUCGGGGCUCUGAGACAGAAGUUCAGCAAUUGCAGAGCCCCUGCGAGCCCCCAGCGGCGAAGCGGGCCAGGGCGGCCAAGGCUGUGGAUGUUCACCUUCUUCCUUCCUUUGGGCCAAGGCUUUGA